AUGCGAUCGGUCCUUGCUGCCGAGCGCGGCCGGCAGCUGCAGCGGUACAAGUGCAAGAUGCCGCUUGAGCCUACAGCCCACCUCGUCACCGACGACGACCUAGCCAAAGCGCGCCUCAUUGCGCCAGAUGCGUCCUUCAAAGAGCCUGAUGAGGAGGACUUCCCAACAAAAUGGCGUCAGCUGAGGAGCCUGACGACCUUUCUCUCCUCCCACUGGCGCAAGAUGGACGUAGACAAGGUCCUUAGCGAGCUCAAAGUCGGUCAAGACAGCGGGGCGGCCAAGAAGGUCUGGCACGGCCCGGAACCGGUUCCAGCAGAGGAGCAGACCAGGUUUUAUCAGUGGCAGCAGCAGUGGCUGACCGACUACAAGGCUAGCCGGCAGCAGGAUCGCGCGCCGUAA